CCAAUUGAAGAGCUUUUACAGACAGCACUUGACGCCGCGCAGAUAUGCAAGACGCUCGACAUACAGUACCUUUGGGUAGACGCGCUCUGUAUUGUGCAAGAUAGCUCCAGUGACUGGUUCUACAAGUCUUGCCGCGCGUGCGACGUCUACUCCAACACGGGACAAGUAUCUCGCUGGGCUCUGGCGCGGCAGUCUAGCGAAAGAGUUGCUUUGGGUUAUGCCAGCCUACUGCCUCCCCGAAGCGAUACCACCUACACCCCGUCCAAGGGAACGUAACAUACAUACGUGGAGUUGGGCGUCAAUCAACGGUACCGUACAGUUCGGAGCCGAAUCCGAAGCCGAAUCUUUGAACCAGCUUUCCAGAUCCUUCAAUGUCAUUUUGAUGCCGCAACCGACGACCCAACGGGACAGAUUACAGGAGGGGUUCUUGGUCAUAGAAAGUCCGAUUUCUCAUGGUGAUGAAACCCACCUUCCACCACAGUCGGGGGAUUGCUUUGCGAGAUUGACGAAUGAAGGCUCAGCUAACGGUUUUGGAUUAAUCAUUGACAGUUCAGACGAUGUAAUGCGAGGCGAGCACAGCUGUGUGCACGUUGCGCACAUAACAACGGGGCCGGAUCAAAGGUGCGAUUGCUUGUUCCUAGAACUGAGGAGGUCUGCCUCUGUCGAGGGAACAUUCAACAACGGAUUAUGGAGAAAUUCUAGGACUGCGGAAAUGAAGAUUGUGCAAAGAACGAAGUAGAGACUAUGUGAAAUUGAGAACCAAGAGCGUAUAUGUAGAUACAUCCGGAUGAAAUCUUGACGUACUUACCAGGGUUUUCAUACGCCCCACUUUGAAGG